AUGUCGGGUCUGUGCUCGCGUCGAGAGGCUGAGAAGCGCAUCAGAAGCUGUAGCGUGACGGUCAAUGGAUCUGUGGUGGGCGACGUGGCGACCGUUGUGGAUGCGACGCGAGACGUCGUCGCGGUGGACGGUCAAGUGCUGGCAAAGACGCGGCAGAGGACGAUGUGGAUGGCGCACAAGAUGAAGGGCGAGCUUGUGACAAACGGUGAUCCACAGGGUCGCGCUACGAUUUUUGAUCGACUGCGGGUGAUGGGACUCAUGCAGCACAUGAUGCCAGUGGGUCGGCUGGAUUUCAACACAGAAGGGCUGCUGCUUCUGACGAAUGACGGUGACCAUGCAAGAGAGCUGGAACAUCCCGCAACGGGCGUCGUGCGCGUGUAUCGCGCGCUGGUUCGUGGCAAUGUGGCCGAGUCUAAGUUGCAGGAGUUGCAGCGAGGGCCGAUCGUGGAUGGCGUCAAGUACCGGCCGAUGAAAAUGGCGGUGCAGUCUACCGACAAGAAAGACUCGUGGCUCCAGGUGACAGUCACGGAGGGGAAGAAUCGUGAGGUUCGAAAAGCGCUGGCUCAUGUGCGACUGGUGGUGAAGCGGUUGAUUCGUGUGCAGUACGGCCCUUACCGCCUUGCAGACCUUCCUCCAGGUGCUGUGCUAGAAGUGCGCGCGAAGUCCCUCGAGAAGAAAAGCAGUUCCGCAAGUGAAGAGUUGCCAAAGAUUGAUGAGGACGUGCAUCUAUCGUCGUUCGUCGGGGACGGAAUCACGACGUACCAGGUCGGAGUAUUAGUGCUCGAGGUGCUGGUUGAUAUGGUGAGCUCGUUUGUGCGAGGAAGUUGUGGCUGCUCUGUUGUUGCAGCAGCGAACGUUGUCGACGAUGUCGAGGAAACGCGGUAUAUGUCGAGAUGCUCGGAUGGCAGGAGCUGGAACCAAUCGGAGGUGUUCCGUCCAGGCUCGCUGGACAGCCGUGGCGAUGCUGAGCAUCGUUUGUACGCCGACCACCUGUCGCAAGUGAAGAAUGCUCCUCCGCUUGCCGAGUCCCUCUCGAUCAUUGGAGCAGAAGCUUCACAUUCCGAGCCAUGA